GCUGGAAAGGGGGAGAGGAGACACUGAUGCCCUUGGGGCUGCAUGGGAGAGGCUGCAACGUGCAGCCUUGUGCUGGAACAUGGUGUGGUUUGACGGCAUCAGCUGGUGGGAGCUGGUCAGAGAGCUGGCAGGGACUGUGCUGUGGGGUGGCCUCUGCAGCAGUGGCACAGGAUGCCUCCUCUUCCUCCUCCUCCUCUUGGUGCACCACAGUGACACACUGUGACUUUGCUGGUGCUAGGGAGCCCAGAUUGGGGUGCUGGCUGCAGCUGGGGGUCCCUCACACAAGGUGCUGGCACACAGGGAGGCCCGGCUCUCCCACAGGCCCCUCUAAGCUCCCUGGAAUGUUUCUGGUCCUAAUUUAAAUAAAAAUGAUCCUUUUUGAAACAGGAAAUUAUAGGCAUAUUUUGGGCUGUUGCUCUGGAAGCCCCUCCCUGGCUGGAGCAGGGUGGUGCUGGGCUCUCUGUGCCCUAUGUGGGGUUGAACCCCCUCACAGGGUCUGUGCUGGGUCACCCUUGUCCCCACAGACCCAGCUGGGCAGUGCCAGCACCCGCUGCCUCUUGGGGGGCUCUCAGUGCUCUGGGGUGACAGGGGACAGCUGGUGGCACAGCGUGGCCGGGCAUUGGGGCUGGGGUGAAACCCCCUCCGUGUCCCAGCCUUGCUCCCAGUGUGGGGCAGCUGGGCUGGCUCAGCUCCACACUUUGUAUUUAUUUAUUUACUGACUGAAUUCCUCAGGCAGGGCCCAAGCGUGCGCCGGCCCAGCAGAAAUAUUCCAGAAAUAUUCCAGAAACGCCUCUGACCACUCCAGUGCUUCAGCAGGGCCACAGGCAUCCAGUGGCUGUGCUGGCUGACCUUGUGUGCCACUGUCCACGGGCACACAGGUCCCUGCAGGUCGCUGUGCCCAGGGUGCCAUGGCAUGGCUGGGUUCCCCGUGUCCCACCAGGGUGGGAGUGUGGGACUCUGGUCAUGUCAGGGGCAUUUUAAUCAUUUUUCUGUGCUUGGCAAGUUCUUUAUUUGGCUCCUUUUCUGCUCUCACUGAGGGUUUGGUGCUGCUGUGGUGUCUCAGUGUGUUGGGGUCUUGGGAGGUGGCUUGUAUCCAGUGGGCUCAGCCAUGGGCCAGUGUGUGUGUGCUGAAUUUCCUGGCUUAGGAAUGAGAGAAAAAUGCUGGCCAGGCAGAAAUGCUGCUGUCACCAAAAAGCUGGGCUGGGUGGAGGUGGCUGCAUGCCUGUGCUACCUGGGGACACCUGUGUCACUGCAGGCACUCUCUGCUGUGUUAUGCCAGCCCUGCCAAGGGUGUUUGAUGUGGCCUGUCCCUUGGCAGUAGGGUGUGCCAGGCUGUGCCCCUGCUUCCUCUGGGAAUGUUUAUUUGCUCAGGGCACAUCUGUCUCACUUUGGUUGGGCAGGGACCUGCUCAGCUGCCAGCUGGGGUCCCAGUGUGCCAUGCCUGUGUCACCGCUGCUCCUCCAUGCCCCUGACCCUCAUCCCCUUGUCCACUGCCCCACUCCCGCUGUUUCCAGGGACACCUUGAACUUCCAGAGGCAGUUUUGCCAUGAAAACACCUUUACCAUGUGUUGCUGGGGUGCUCUCUGUCCCCAAGAACAUUUUGGGGGGAUCUGGUGUUGAUGGCAAAGCCAGAGGAGGAGCGAGAAACGUCCGGGUUGCACCGCCUGGCACCACAGCAGGCACUCAGGGGUGUGGAUUGUGCAAGCCCAUCCUGUGAGGCACAGAGCCCUCCCUGGCCCCCCCAGCUCCACAGCUGCACUGGGCCCGGGGGUGUCUGUCCCACUCUGCGUGCGGACGGUGCAGGGAGGCCGGGCAGUUCCUGGAGCCCACAUCACUUCCUCUGGCAGCGGUGACGGUGACGGUGCUGCUGGUGCCGAGGCCCCAGUGUCCCCCCCGGCUCUCCCUCCGGCUGCUGCUGCUCCUGCCGGCGGGGCCCUCGCAUUCCUGGGCUAUUUUUAGGGUGGCCCUAUCAGCCCAGCUGUCCCCGCUGCCGGCUGCCGCCCCUCCGGUGCCUCUCCCGUGCGGUGCCGCGCUCGCCCCGGCCGAAACCCUUCUCCUGCUCCCUCUGCCAGGGCUGCAGCUCCAUGAGACAUCACCAUGGCGUUCUCAUCCCGGUUUGCGUUCUGGGAGCAGAAGGUCAAGGACGAGGACAAAUCUUUAGCUGUGAAAAGACCCGUGAAGGAGGACGGGGCUUCAGAGAGCCCGAAGGAUGCAGCAUCUGCACCCCCCAAAGCUGAGCCCCCGAAGGCUGAACCCCCAAAACCUGAGCCUGUGAAGAGCCCCGAGCCCGCGAAGAGCCCCGAGCCACCUCCUGGCAGAGGGAAGAGCCCGGAGCCGGUGCUGAACGGGGCAGCAGAGAACGGGCUGGAGGGCGCAGCCCCCGAGGCACAGGGCGAUGACGGCCAGGGGCUGUCCCGCCGCAAGGUGGUGCGGGUGGUGCGCAAGGUGGUGCGCAAAGUCCUGCCCGGGGAGGACGCUGGCACUGCCAAGGAGCCAGGCCGAGAUGCCAAGUCUCCUGAGCCGGUGCCACCCCCGAGGAAGGAGGAAGGAGGGCGUGCUGCCGUCCCAGCUCCCCCAGCCCCGCCGCCUCCCCCCGCCGUGCUGCCCGCAGCCCCUGCCAAGCCGGAGCCCAGGGAUGAGAUCUCAGAGGGGCUCAAAACCCUCAUGGCCAAGGGCAAAACCAAGGAGCACCGGCCGCGGCUCCGGCCAGGGGACAGGCAGGAGAAGCCCCAUGAGCCUGCUGGUGGGGACACAAAGCUGUCCCCGUCCCCGGGCGCUGAAGCCAAGCCAGAGUCACCAGUGCAGCUUUCAGGAGGGAAAGCGGAGCCGGCAAAGGCGUCUGCUCAGAAACCCACAGCCCUGGAGAGGCACAAGGUACCGGUGUGUGCAAUACAGGGGAGGCUCUGACCCCCAGAGAAGCAUGGUGUGAGCUCACCUGCAUGGUUUGCAGUGGUUUUCAGAUGUGUGGUGCGGGUGGGAGUCACUUUUUUGGGGCAGCUGUGUGUGCUGUGGCCACUCCAUCAUG